CCCAGCAGUGCUGUGCCGGAGUGCGAUAUACGUCGAGCAACCAUAUUUCAAAGAUGACGACCAAGGCGCAGAAGAUCACUACAAAAGAGCAGGCAGACACCUUCCUUGCCAAGUUCGAUGUCUUCCUCUUCGACUGCGAUGGUGUCCUGUGGUCUGGGAACACCCUCUUGCCUAAGGUCGCGGAGACUAUUGCCAUGUUGAAGAAGCUAGGCAAGCAAGUCGUCUUCGUGACGAAUAACUCCACCAAAUCCCGCGCCGCCUACAAGAAGAAGCUUGACUCCAUGGGCAUCCCAGCUGAAGUCAACGACAUCUUCGGCUCUGCCUACUCCGCCGCUGUCUACAUCAACCGCGUCCUCAACUUCCCCAAAGACAAGAAAGUCUACGUCCUCGGCGAGAGCGGUAUCGAAGAGGAGUUGGAAAGCGAGGGUGUCAGAUACUGUGGUGGUACCGACCCCGAGGAGAGACGAGCGAUCUCUCCGGAGGAUUAUGAUGCAAUUGGGCCUGAUCCGGAGGUCGGGGCUGUGCUUUGUGGGUUGGAUACGCAUGUGAAUUACUUGAAGCUCGCGAAGGCGCAUGCGUACUUGCAGGACCCCAAUGUGCUGUUCUUGCAGACGAAUGAUGACUCGACGUAUCCAUCUCACGGCAAGCUGUUCCCUGGUGCGGGAUCGAUUGCCGCGCCGCUCAAGUACUCUACACGUCGUCAAGCUACGGCGUUGGGUAAGCCAAACCAGUCCAUGAUGGAUGCCAUUGCGUCCAAAUUCCAGUUCGACAGAAGCAAGGCGUGUAUGGUCGGUGACCGUCUCAACACCGACAUUCAGUUUGGUUUGGGGGGAGGAUUGGGUGGGACGUUGUUGGUGUUGACUGGUGUUAGCAAGGUGGAGGAGAUCCAGGGUGAUGAUGCACCCAUUGUGCCGCACUACUAUGCGGAUAAGUUGGGUGAUUUGUACUCGGAGGAUGCGGCGAACUGAAGGGUGAGAAAUGAGAGAAGACAAGAUAUCGAUAGAUGGAUGAAGAUAUAUGAGAUCCCGCUGGGUAAUACAAAUAGUCCAAACUCCUGAACGCCAAUGACAUAACACAAAUGCUGCACACAUCCUCCUCUUUAAGCACCAGGUACAUAUCGUUUCCUCAGGGUUCGGUACCGCUUCAGGUAAUACAAUGUUUCCACCUCUACAUAUCCCAUGGUUAACAGCAACAUCCGCAACACCGACACAUAACCUCACCUUUUCUGAAAAACUCCGCAAACUCAAGCCCCUUCUGAAUCUCACCCUCAUCACUCAACCUCG